GUGCCGGGCAAGUCGGAGCUCGACGAGAUGACCGCGGCGAAACAGAUUUCGGACCUCGACUCCCUGAGCGCGCGCUGGCAGCGCCAGAAGGACCUCCGCGAGUGGGAGGAGAGCCGACUCACGGGCUGGUCCGAGCAGGCCGAGAUCAUCAAUGGGCGCACCGCGAUGUUCUUCCUCAUCGUCGGCCUGCUGACGGAGCUCUGGACGGGCCAGUCCAUCCCGGAGCAGGUCGUCACCAUGGCCCGCGUCGGCGGCUUCAUC